AGUUGAUCUACUGCGAAGAAGGUUCGACCAACAGAUUCUUUGGUUCACUUCUGUCUGUCCUUUCAGGUUCUUAAAAGGUCACAGCUGCCGCUAAAACUCUCUUUCUUUUCUCACUCAAAAUCAAGUCCCAUAGACACUCUUUUCUCUUCCAAAAAUGGGAUCCAAUACUUCUCCUCUCACUCAAACGUGGGUUGAGACACCCUGCAUCCGAUCGGCAGCCCUUUCGAGAGCUGCAGGCUGCAACAUCUACUUGAAACUUGAAACUCUCCAACCUUCUGGAUCCUUCAAGUCGCGAGGAGUAGGUCACAUGAUGUCCACAGCUAUCCUUCAUCAUGGGCCCUCAAAACCAAUCCACUUCUACACCUCUUCAGGAGGGAAUGCUGGUCUAGCAUGCAUCACAGCUGCCAAUGUACUGAAACGACCUGCAACAGUCGUCGUCCCCCUGUCGACUUCUGCUCUUAUGAUACAAAAGCUUAAACUUUUGGGAGCAGAUGUGGUUCAGAUUGGAAAGCAUUGGUCGGAAGCUGACACUUAUUUGCGAGACGAGUUAUUGGCGAAGGAUGCAGAUGGCAUUUAUGUACACCCAUUUGACCAUAAAGACAUCUGGGAAGGACAUUCGAGUAUGAUUGACGAGAUUGAAGUGCAAAUGCGGUAUCAAGGUGGAUAUGAUGCCGUUGUCUGCAGUGUUGGAGGUGGUGGUUUGUUCUGUGGGAUCAUGCAAGGUCUCGAACGAAAUGGACACCUUGGACAGAACGAAUCAAGUCGAAAAUCCACGGGAGGAGUCAGAGUAUUAGCUAUGGAAACCAUCGGCGCGGACUCUCUGAAUGUAAGCGUCAAACAAGGGGAGCUUACGAGACUACCAGCCAUCACGUCGAUAGCCACCUCACUCGGAGCUACACAAGUCGCAGAGCAAGCCUUUCGGUGGUCUCAGAGACCGGAGGUGGUUUCUCAUACUCUUACGGAUGCAGAAGCAGCAAUGGCCUGCGUUCAGUUCGCGGAUGAUGAGAGGAUUAUCGUCGAAACUGCUUGCGGUGCUGCUGUAGCCACAGCUUAUAUUGGCACCUUACAUUCGGUUCUGUUCCCGGAACUCUCGAAAGAGGAAUUUGCAGGAAAGACAGUGGUGCUGAUUGUCUGUGGUGGCUCGAACAUAACCCUCCAGAUUCUGGAAAAGUACAAGGAACAGUAUGGUGGAGAGAAGCCUUGAGAAGAGAUGCCAGGGAAUGUAUCCAUGAGCAAAUUUCAGUCAAUUGGGGACCUAUGCCAGAACAAUUGAUUGGGUUGAUGAUGGACGUCUUGAGGUAUUAUUAAGCAGUUUCUCUAGCUGGCAAACAAUACCGUGCUGAACAAACUCCUCAGCAUAUCUAUCAUAUCGAGCAAAGCUUUUUGUAGCGAUAGAACACAGGGACCGAAUUUGAUCUAUGCAGUUUGCUAGAAUCAUUCUUUGCUGGUCCGGAGCUCGAGACUAUGGGCGAGACACAAUGCACGGAUCAUGAAGACCUGGCUUUUCCCUUAGAGACAUUGAAUGCAUUAUACUUGUAUCUUUUGGCCUCAUUACGAGC